AUAUUGUUUACUUCCUGUAGCUAAACGUUAUAGCAUGAAGCUAACUCGCCUUAGCGUUUAGUCUCCACAAAAUAUUCCGUUCACGACUUCGACAAAGCUAAACCAUUCAACGCGUUGUAACAAAGUUGUUAUAUUCCCACUCUCUUGAAAUCCAAUCUGAAAAAUGUACAGAGCUAACUACUAGUUUUCCGGAGCAGGUCUGAUGCUCCAGAAGGCAUGGAGGGUCCGUCCUCUCGCGUUGCCACCCGGGAUGAGCCACUGGCUCCGGCCGACGGGACAACGUCUGCUGGGGGUAGAGAGGCUGACAUUUCCCGGGACACGAAAACACACUUUCGUGUGUGUCGCUUCAUAAUGGAAACAGGCGUGAAGCUGGGCAUGCGCUCCGUGCCUGUGGCCACGGCGUGUGUGUUGUACCACAACUUCUUCAAACGUGUCAGCAUAUGUGCAUAUGAACCCUACCUGGUGGCCAUGAGCUGUGUGUACCUGGCCGGCAAAGUGGAGGAGCAACACCUAAGGACCCGCGAUAUCAUCAAUGUAAGCCACAGAUUCUUCAACAGUGGCAGCGCCCCUUUAGAAUGUGACAAGGAGUUCUGGGACCUGAGGGACAGUGUGGUGCAGUGUGAGCUCCUCAUCCUCCGGCAGCUCAACUUCCACGUCUCUUUUGAACACCCACAUAAGUAUCUACUCCACUACCUGUUGUCCGUGAAGUCGCUGGUGAACCGCCAUGCUUGGUGUCGAUGUCCGGUGGCUGAGACUUCCUGGGCGCUGCUGAGAGACUGCUACCACGGGGCCUUGUGUAUCCGUCACACGCCCCAGCACAUCGCCAUAGCGACACUGUACUUGGCUCUGAACAGCUACGGCGUGGAGCUGCCUGUCGGGGAGAAACCAUGGUGGCAGGUGCUUUGCGAGGACGUGACCAAAGCGGACAUAGACUCUGUGAUCUCGGACCUUCUACAACUGUACGACAUGGAGGCCAAGUGUAUCUGAGGACACUGCCGUCAGACUCGCACACACGCAGGCCACAAGUUAGAUGACUCAGCUGCGUGUUUGUGACUGCAAAUGUGUCAUUUCUGUGUGUGCGUGUGUGUGUGUGUGUUUGAGAGCUGAAACGACAGCACAACUGCACUACCUACGCUCAACACCCUGGGGAGACAUUUCUUCAUCCCCGGCUUCCUGGUUGCAGAUCACUGGCUGUGCCGCAACACAAACUCUGAUUGGUCAUGAUCAUUUGCAGCAAGCAAACAACUGGCCAUGUGUUUCAUUCCAAAGAUAAUGCGAUCUGUCAGUUAAACAAAAAUAAAAAUCCUCCACUUGUUGAGA